AUGUCAACUCGACCCGAUUCCGCGGCUUUGCGACAGCCACGCUCUCGUAGGUCUAUCGCUCAUGUCCCGCGGUCUAGGAUGACGUCUGGUUUGGACAAGGAGAAUACAACAACGGAGAUUGGCGCAGCUCAGCCAUUUUCGAAUAACACAAAGUCUGCUAUGAAGGAUAAGAAGUCUCGGAGUAAGAGUUUGGGCCCUGGUGGGCUUGAUGCCCUCCAGAAUUCCAAUGGCAAUCGCCGCCAGUCUACGGCUUCCUUUCCACUAAAGUCCAUUCUCAAACCUACCGUCCCUGUCUCUCCAGUGCGAAACAUCCCGUCAUUCGAGGAAACGCGCCGUACACCAGCUCGUAGUAAACAGCAGACCCAUGACGGCACGAUGGACGGACAGAGCCAAAAGGACCAAGAAAAAGAGGGUCUCUUGAUUGACUUUGAAGCGACACCAGGACCUCCCACGACAGAUAUUGACAAUGACGACACGGCGAACCCGUUUGAUACAUUUAAUGCGACUUCCGCCAUUCGCGAGGAGAUGGCUGCAACCAAGGAGCGUGAUGAACAGGAGCGCAAAGAUCGUGAACGACAGAAUAUUCUAGAGAAACGAGCAGCGCGGAGGAAAUCGAUGGCAAAUCGCCGAGUAUCCUUUGCCCCCGAGGCAACCCUACACACCUGGAACGUGGUGGAAAUCCCGGACGACUCAACCUCCUCCUCUGCCGCGAACUCAACAAGACGUGCCUCUGCUGCCGCAAACUCCCAGAACCAACCCGCGCCUAUCUCACCCACCAAAGAUGCUCCAUCUUCGCCAGCAGAGUCGGAAUUCGGAUUCUCCCCUGUCCGCACACAAGACCUGGAUCAGAUAAGAGAUCGCUCAUCAUCUGGGGGUGGCGACCGGGAUUUAUCUUCCAGUCCGUUCAGCGGAAGCUCGGUAGGGAGCGAAGACACCGGCGCUCAAAGCUUGGUCGGAGAAGAGGACGAUGGUGAUUCUUCAGACUCGGACGAUGGAUUUGAUGCUGAGAGUACUGCAAUGAGCAUGGAUGAUAUGACCGCGCGCUCAGGGAUGAGUGUCCAAUCAGAUGCAACUUCUAGCUCUAGCUCUAGUGCCAGACUCAACGAAGCACUGCGCCAGGCUGCACAGGAAGCCGGAACCGAACUUGACGAGGACGGAGAGAUGUCAAUGGAAAUUGUGGAUCAAGAAAUAACCGGUGCUUUCCAGCCGUGGAUUAAAAAGGGCCAAAGACAAAGCUUCGAUUGGGGAGAUAUUAGCGCACGGCAUGAUGAGGAGAAUGUUGACCCAUCUAAGGAUGCCACUGCUCAAGGUUUGCCAGAAUCCGAUGAUAUCGAGGAGGACGAAGAUCUCAGCAUGGACGUGACGAAUGCCGUAGGACGCAUCCUUGGCAAGCCUCCCGGCCAUCGCGAGAGCACGGCUCGUCGCCAGUCUGUGGCAGAAGAAUCAAACUACGGAGAUCAAACUAUGGAGAUGACCAAUGUCGUCGGCGGGAUCGCGCAGGAGGAGGAUUCGCCAUCAAAGUUUUCUGAGAUUGGCGACGAAGACGAAGGAAUGACGAUGGAGUUCACUUCGGCUGUUGGCAAAAUCUUGGGCAACCAACGUAUUCAGGCCUCCAACUCUGAUGAGAACUUCGACCAAGACAAUGAGUCUGACGGUGGCAUGGACAUGGAGAUGACUGGUGCGAUUGGUGGUAUCCUACAGUCAGGGAUUGAAGCCAACGACAAAGUGCACGCGAAAAUGAUAAUGGAGCUCGAAACAGACUCGGGUCAGCUCGCUAGCUCGCCUUUCCAAGACAACGUUCGGCAGUCUCCUGCCAAGCCUCCUGCCAAAUCACCUCUGCGUUAUCAACUUGCUGCUGUUGCAUCCGAAAACGGGAGCCCCAGUUUGGCAGCCGUGCGGGCUAGACCUCCCCGGCGUAGCUCCACCCCAGGAUCGUCGGGCACGCCAGGGUCGGCAAGCCGGCAACGAUCACCACACACGAAGCCAUUGACUCCGCCCAAACAGUCCACCCCUCAAGCGAAACCUACCACCCCAAGCAAGACACCUCCCUCCAGCAAUGUUACUUUUAGAAGCGCUUCACCAAAGAAGCUCUUCCAGCCCGAGCUCCAGCAAUCAGCAGAUAAGCGCAAGUCUCUACGUCAAAGCCUCAACGGGAGAGUCGACCCCCUGUUCAAAUUACAGCCACGCGAGGACCGUCGCUCUUCUGGUUUAGGGAUUGACAAAGAAGGUCUUGGAUCUCCUCGCGUAGCGGCAUUACUUGACAGGCGCCAGUCGCUAGGAGAUAGUACGCCCAAGUUUGUUCCGCAAGAACAGCCCCGAUCUGGUGUGCGCUUCGAGGAUCCUCUGCAACUGCAGGCCGAGGAAGAACGUGAACGCGAAGAAGAGGAACUCCGAGAGGAUGGCCAUAUCACGGGCUUGCAGUCAGAUCGGGACGUGACUCCAAGCUUGAAGGAUAUGAUUUCAAACUUGAGCCCGAAAAAGACUAGAAUUGGCAGUCGUAAGAGUCUCCAUGUUGGGGCUGCUCGCGGGGUUUUGGGCAAGCGCCCCGUCGAGCUGGACUUGGAUGAAGAUGAAGUGGAGAAUUCGCCGAAGCGAUUGCGUGGCCACAAUGUCAGCCCGGUCAAAGGCGUCAAGUUGCCAACACCGAUGUUCAGGGAAGGCAAUGUCCGUCGGUCGAUGCUUUCACCUGUCCGUAGAGCGGCUAGCUCAUCACCUCCCAAGGGCAGCACCACACCUUCCCAGCAACCACGGAGUGCUUCCCAGACCUCGACAACUCCUCUCAAGAAUGGGAUUGAUGCUCUUCAUAUUGCUUCUGACCCCCAACAGCCAGAAGAAGAAGAAGAAGAGAAUACUCCUGUCGAAGACCCCUCUCAGGAAAUUGAGCCUAUUCAGUUACAGGACUUCCUGAAAAUGACUAACAUUCAUUUCAUGGAACUUACUACGACAAAAAGACGACACACAACUGCCCCUGGCAGUGCCACCAAGAAGCUGACACGGCGGUCUGGUGAGAACAUGCCUAAACCAGGCUCUAUAACAUUUGACGAUUGUGUGGCAGCUGGCUUUUGUACAGUGCCAAUGCUUGAACUGUACCAGCAUUCAUGUCGGGAGUUGAAAUCCUAUAUUUCUGAAGGUCGGCAAGUGAUUCGCUCAAUCGAGGCAGAAACAUAUGCCGAGAAUCCAGCUCUCUUCAAGGAGUACGUCACCGCUCCGCCAGAUAUCCGAGUCAUCAUGGACAAUCAAUUCCGAAACGUCAAGACCCAUGCCCGUCUGCUGAGUAAGGCCACAUGGUACGAAUGGCGGAUGAAGUUGCUUGAGGGGUUGAAAGAAGGGCUCGUCCGCCACGUAGAGGAAAUGAAAGCAGACGACGAUCUGCUAUCUGAACGAGAAGAGUUGCUUAACAGGAACGUCCCGCUACUUGUAGAGAAACAUGCCUCUCUCGACCAAGAGGCAACAAACCUACAACAGUUGGUGGAGGAGAUGGAGAACUGUGAUCAAGAUGAGCUGCGUAGUACACGCAGCAAGCUGUCUGAGGUGGACUCCGAAAUUGUAGCCAAGAGACGGGAACUUGAGAAGUUGCAGGAGGAAGUCCAGGAGAAGACGACUUUCAUCGAGACUGGAGCCGAAAUGCGGGAUGAAUUCCUCGCUCAAAUCCAGGAGGCCGAGCGAGUGAAGGAGGAGUGCCGUGGCUGGAGUGCUCGGGAGAUCAACGACUUGAAGGGUGAGCGUCCUCCAUCACCUCCCUUAUGGAGCCUUUUUCUGUGGAUGCGUACUGACUUGGGAAAACUAGAAUCCGUCCAACGAAUUCAGGAACAAACCGGCUGGUCAAUCGUUUCGGCCUCAUCUCCUUCAGAUGCCGGGGGACCUUUAUUGAAGAUGGCUUACCGGGACCAGCUCCAACUAGAGUUCUAUCCCGGAGCUUUCGCCUCCAAAAACAGAGGCCAGGACGAGGGAAAGAACUACCCAAUGGAACUGACUUCCCAAAGGAAUGCCAACAUUUCUCCCAUUGCAUCUUUGGUCCUCCACUCGCUACAGCACCACCUGGCUGCCAUCCAGCAAUCCACUGUCGCACCCAAGCAGCUCUUACGCUUCAUCUCUAGCGCAUGGGACCGCACGGUUGGGCUGGAAAACGAAGCACGCAUGCUGGAAUUCUACGGUGUCACCCGCCUCACCCUAUCGAAGCCCGAUCAAGGUUCUCUUUCUCUACGCACACGCUGCACGCUCCUCGGCAACGCCACCGUCUCUACACCUGGCCGUAAAGGCGCUGCUUCAAAGAACAGCAGUGCCAAGAGAAUCGAUGUUGACUUCACUGUCCGUACCCGCAUUGAUAAAACCAAUGCAGAGAACUCUAUCGGUUUCUUGGACUUUGAUAUUGAUGUUCUGGCGACGAAGGUCUAUGGAUUCGGAACAGGCAACAAGUCCGGCCUUCCAGACAGGGAGUUGCAAAGUAUUCUCGGCAAAGGCCUUGGUCGGGAUAAGGACGGUGAUGUCCAGCUAGGAAAUGGCGUGUGGUGUAAGGCAGUGCGCACGCUCACGGGAUCUGUGUUUUAG